GUAACGCAUGCACGUGACCUACCGGAGCGAAGCAGCGUGCAGAAAGAAAGGAAAUCUUAAGACAUUUUCUUUAGUCGCCACAACGCCGCUGAUAAAAUGUGUCAGGUGACUGAAGAGUAUCAUCAGGACUUGGAGCCGGAGCGGCGCAGCGUGUCAAAGAAAUGUGUCAAAUGCAAGGAGGUGCUUGCUGUGGUGGUCAUCAGGGCAGGAGACAAAUACUGCAGGGACUGUUUCGACCAGUACUUCCGUCACAAAUUCAGGGCUAUGCUGGGGAAAAACAGGAUCAUUUUCCCUGGAGAAAAGGUGCUGCUUGCAGUAUCUGGAGGUCCUUCUUCCAGUUCAAUGCUCCACCAAGUCCAAGAGGGUUUGAGUCAGAGUGCUCACAAAAGGUUGAGAUUCUUGCCUGGCAUCAUCUAUGUUGAUGAGGGUGGUGCUUUGGGUCAGUCUAUGGAGGAGAGACUGCUAACCGUGGCAAAGAUGGAGGAUAUGUUUAAAGCCACGGGAUUCCCCUGUCACAUCCUGCCUCUGGAACAGGUUCUUGACAUCACCAGUUCAGUCUUGGGUCCGUCUUCACCACAACCAGCUAGCGCUUACAAAGCAGCUGUGGAUCACUUCAUCCGUAAUGAUGUCAGCACCAAUGUAACAUCUGACAAGGAGGUUGGGACAUCACAGCCGUAUGUUCUGGAGUCCAAAACACACUCCUUACGUCAGCUGAUGGACUCUGCUAAGACUCUGACUGCCAGAGAAGAUCUAAUUAGCUUGUUAAGACAACGUGUUCUGGUGCACACGGCUCGUUGUGAAGGAUACAGUAAAGUGAUGUUGGGAGACAGCUGCACCAGACUGGCUGUUAAACUUCUUAGUAGUAUAUCACAGGGCAGAGGAGCACACCUCGCUCAAGACACGGGUUUCUCAGACUGUCGCUAUGGUGACAUCAUAUCAGUGAGGCCAAUGAGGGACUACAAUGCUAAAGAAAUCGCCUACUAUAACCAUAUGUUUCAUGUGCCUUCCAUCUUUACACCAAACCUGCACACUAAGUCGAAAGAAAAGUCCAGUCUCCAGCAUUUGACAGAGAGCUUUGUCAAUAAGCUGCAAGUAGAUUUUCCUUCUACUGUCAGCACCAUCUACAGAACAAGUGAAAAGCUGCAAACAGCUUGUAAGAAUUCAUCUUCUGUGGACCAUUGUGAAAGAUGUCUGCUCUGUAUGUGUUCUCUUGAUACUGCAUUUGAGCCAGCUUCAGCCUUUCAGGCCACGAUUCUGUCAGAUCACCUCUCUCAGAACAAAUCUGUUGGCGCUAACAGUGGCUUUCAAAGACAAAAUCCAGGUAGCUGCUGCAAAGACACAGGACAGUGUUGUGCAACAACCUUUGAAGACAGAAGCUGCUCUUAUGGUCAAAGACUUGCAGACGCAACAGAUUUGAGGAGAUGGUUGUGUUACAGCUGUCAGUUGACUGUCAAAGAUAUGUCAUCUGUGGACGUUCUUCCUCAAUGCAUCUUGUCGGAGGCUCAGAGGAGGCAGAGGAGGUCUCGCAUGAGAGAUGAGAUCAGUGAUUUCCUGCUGGAUGAUUAAGAUGAAAGUGUUCAGCUUAAGGAUCAUGGAAUUUUUAUUUCAUGAUACAAGAACAAUAUUCCGGUUUGUGUGAGUCACAUAAUCCAUAUGCUGGCUCUGUGUGGAAAAGGAGGGUAUGUCAAGGUCAAAUAUCUCAUCCUGUAGCUUUCCUUUCAUGAGCUUUUAUCAUCCAAUUUUUUAAAAUGACACUUGCAUUGUUUUAUUGACUGCUUGUAUUUAAAACUGCAGGUCAAUGUGCUUUUCAUUUGUGUACAGAUAGUACUUUGGGUUACAAUGAAUUUAUUUGAUAAUUUUUGGUUUGGCUUUCAAUUCUGUAUUGUCAUUUUACAGUACUCUUCCAAGAUUAUGUUAAAAGGAUCCCAGAAAUAUUGUAUUUUCCGGAUUAUAGAGUCCACCGGUAUUUAAGCCACACCCACCAAAUUUUAAAAGAAAAAUAUUUUUAAUUUAUUAGCCGCACUAGACUAUAAACCGCAGAUAUAUACCGGUACAAAAUAAUUUGUAAAUGCUACCUUAUUUGUUUUCAAUCGGUGCCUGUUACACAGUUUGGAAUGGACCCACUACUUGCAAAAGGUAUCUCUCCAAUUAGCUAAACAGACUCAGUAACUCCACCGUGAUGUUUUGGUGAAUUACGGAACUGAAACAAUACACAAAUAUUGUAAUUGUAAGUUAAUAAUACUAACACAGUCAUUGGUAGACGGGUUAACAACGCUUGCUUGUAGAAACACUGAACGGUUAGACUUACGGUUCAAGGGACAAAAAGAAAUACAUUGUCAAUGUGCAGUGAGCAAACUCGUCCAAAAGUUAGCACCAUAGCACAUACAAUAACACACCUUCUCAAUGUCUCUUUCGUGUUUUUUGUUGUUGUUGAAUACAUUACAUUAUGGCCGUUAUCCAAGAAAAAUCCACAAAUCAGCCGCACCGUUUUAUAAGCCGCAGGGUUCAAAGCUUGUGGAAAAAGUAGCGGCUUAUAGUUCGGAAAAUACCUUACACACGGUAUGUAUAUAUUUCAAAAUGUGUGGAUUACACAUUUUUAAAUUAAGUUGUUAUUGUGUAAAUAUGGUAAAACUUUCAACUCUUUGUCAAGUUAAUUAUAAGACUUGAAAAUCCACACUGCAGCAACACAAAAUUGUACCAAAGCUUUUUAAUGUAAAAUGCUAAUAAAUGGACACAUAAAGGCUUGAAAGCUAGACAGCUGUUUCUGCUUUGUCAGACAAUUUGUGUAUUAUAUCUCUAUUAUUGUCGCAAAAUCCUGUAGUCACUGAAGCAUUAGGUGUGUUCGACGAUUUUAUUUGUUUUUCGGUUUCCCUUUUGGGCUUCACGGUGGCAGUGGGGUUAGUGCGUCUGUCUCACAAUACGAAGGUCCUGCAGUCCUGGGUUCAAUCCCAGGCUCGGGAUCUUUCUGUGUGGAGUUUGCAUGUUCUCCCCGUGAAUGCGUGGGUUCCGUCCGGGUACUCCGGCUUCCUCCCACUUCCAAAGACAUGCACCUGGGGAUAGGUUGAUUGGCAACACUAAAUUGGCCCUUGUGUGUGAGUGUGAAUGUUGUCUGUCUAUCUGUGUUGACCCUGAGAUGAGGUGGUAACUUGUCCAGGGUGUGCCCCGCCUUCCGCCCGAUUGUAGCUGAGAUAGGCGCCAGCGAACCCAGAAGGGAAUAAGCGGUAGAAAUGGAUGGAUGGAUGGACGUUUUCCCUUUUUUGUUUUUUAUGGUAUCAAAAUAACGGCAGUGUUUUAGCAUGAGGGCGGGGCUUAUAACAUGUUUACUCGUAGGCAGUUUUAUAACAAUAUUCACAGAAUUUUGGUUGUUUUAUGCAAUACCGGAACUUCUUUUCUAUAAAUAUGUGUUCCUACUUCCGGAAACAAACGUGAGUGUGUUGUAGUCAUGGCAGACUUGUUAACAGACAACCAUGACGACUGUUUUUGGACAAAUGAGGAUUCACAAACUUAUAUUUUUGAACCUGAAUGUAUGGAGGAUGAACUGCUGCUGAUAGAUGCGAGCACAAAGGGUGAAACGCUGGAGUAGAUGGAAGCCAAGUAAUUGAGGUCUGCGUGACUUGCGGGUAUAAAUGUGUAACUUGGAGCCAAGCUAUGUGGAUAUAUAUGGCGUGUUUACCCAGAGUCAACUUGAAAAAGCUUCCCCAGCUACCUGGACCGAACAACUGUCCAUGGUGUGAGUGACUAUAAUAUUGAUUAUGAUACACGCAGCACACCAUGCUUUUUAUUACAAGUACAUAUACAUUUCAUGUUUCACAAAAUGAGAUGUGGGCUAAUACUUUACAAAUACUGUAAUAUGAUGUUUCAUGUUUUUCAGUCAGUACAUAUUUGUGUCCUAUCGCCUUGUUGUGCAUUACAAACUCAGAAGCAAUUUGGUAGCUGAUUCAAAAGCUAUCGUAUCUCUUCUUGUCUUAAGGCAAUGUGUUACUACGAUAGAAAAAGAGUUCCACAGUGUUCGCUCUUACAACAACCCUAAAUCACAAGUGUCUCAAAGGACUGCACAAGCCACAACGACAUCCUCGGGAGAGCCCACAUAAGGACGAGGAAAAACUCACACCCAAUGGGACGUCGGUGACAGUGACAAUGAUGACUAUGAGAAACCUUGGAGAGGACCGGUCCUCUCCAAGGUUUCUCAUAGUCAUCAUUGGGAGAGGGGGAAGGAGGAGAAAAAUAAAAGAAACUGCAAAUCAACUGGUCUAAAAAGGGGGUCUAUUUAAAGGCUAGUGUAUGCAAAUGAGUUUUAAGAUGAGACUUGAAUGCUUCUACUGAGGUAGCAUAUCGAUCUGUUACUGGGAGGGCAUUCCAGAGUACUGGAGCCCGAAUGGAAAACGCUCUAUAGCCCGCAGACUUUUUUUGGGCGAUGGGAAUCACUAAGCCGGAGUCCUUUGAACGCAGAUAUCUUGCGGGACAUAUGGUACAAUACAAUCAGCAAGAUAGGCUGGAGCUAGACCGUGUAGUAUUUUAUACGUAAGUAGUAAAACCUUAAAGUCACAUCUUAAAGGCCUACUGAAACCCACUACUACCGACCACGCAGUCUGAUAGUUUAUAUAUCAAUGAUGAAAUAUUAACAUUGCAACACAUGCCAAUACGGCCGGUUUAGUUUUACUAAAUUGCAAUUUUAAAUUUCCCGCGAAGUGUCCUGUUGAAAACGUCGCGGAAUUAUGACGCGUAUAAUGACGCGUGUGCGUGACGUCACCGGUUGUAGCGGACAUGUUUUUUCAGCACCGCUCAGGGCUAAAAGUCGUCUCUUUUCAUCGCAUAAUUACACAGUAUUAUGGACUUCUGUGUUGCUGAAUCUUUUUUAAUUUGUUCAAUUAAUAAUGGAAAAGUCAAAGAAGAAAGAUGUAGGUGGGAUGCGGUGUAUUGCAGCUGCCUUUAGCAACACAAACACAGCCGGUGUUUUCUUGUUUACAUUCCGAAGGUGAAGCUUUAAUAUGGAACAGAGCGCUCAAGCGAACAUGUUUCUCUACCACAUGUCAAACCGGCAGGUUUCGGUGAGAAAAUUGUGGUAAUAAGUCGGCUCUUUCCGUUGACAUGAGCGGAGCUUGUGUCGUUCCUUCUGCAGCUGUCAAAGAGGCAGCUGCGACUCUCUUGGCUCCUCCGUGGCUUCCCUCAGAGACACUGGCGGUCACCACACCCCUCCGACUUUCAGGUAUGACUAUAUAAUCUCAUUAUAACACUUGUAACACAAUAAGCAGGUACGGGAUUUUCCAGAAUCAUCCUAGUAAAUGUGUCUAAUAACAUCUGAAUCACUCCCACUGCCCUCGUCUUUUCUUUUUUUUUUUUCUUCUAGUCCUUCACUCUCACUGUCCUCAUCCACAAAUCUUUCAUCCUCGCUCAAAUUAAUGGGGAAAUUGUCGCUUUCUCGGUCCGAAUCGCUCUAGAUGCUGGUGGCCAUGAUUGUAAACGAUGUGAGGAGCUCCACAACCCGUGGUGUCACGCGCACAUCGUCUGCUAUUUCCGGUACAGGCAAGGCUUUUUUAUUAGCAACCAAAAGUUGCGAACUUUAUCGUCGAUGUUCUCUACUAAAUCCUUUCAGCAAAAAAUAUGGCAAUAUCGCAAUAUGAUCAAGUAUGACACAUAGAAUGGACCUGCUAUCCCCGUUUAAAUAAGAAAAUCUCAUUUCAGUAGGCCUUUAAGUGUACAGGAAGCUAGUGCAGGUGAGCCAGUAUAGGCAUAGUAUGAUCAAACUUUCUUGUUCUUGUCAAAAGUCUAGCAGCCGCAUUUUGUACCAACUGUAAUCAUUUAAUGUUAGACAUAGGGAGACCCAAAAAUAAUACAUUACAGUAAUCGAGGCGAGACAUAACAAACGCAUGGAUAAUGAUCUCAGCGUCGCUAGUGGUCAAAAUGGACAGAAUUUUAUUUAUAUUACGGAGAUGAAAGAAGGCUGUUUUAGUAACGCUCUUAAUGUGUGACUCAAGUGAGAGAGUUGGGUCGAAGAUAAUAUAUUAAAAGACAACUUGUAUUUUAGUAGUACGUAAACAAACAAAGACUCCUAAUUUAGUCUGCUGAAAUAUACAUUUAUCAUUCUAUUAUUUCUUCAACAAUAUUUAGGGUAAGUGUUAGAAAAUGAAUUAUUAAUCUACCUGUUCAUUUACUGUUAAUAUCUGCUUACUUUCUCUUUUAACAUGUUCUAUGUACACUUGUUAAAUUUAAUCAUCACUUAUUUUGUUGUUGUUUGAUAUUUUACAUUAGUUUUGGAUAAUACCACAAAUUUGGGUAUCAAUCCAAUACCAAGUAGUUACAGGAUCAUACAUUGGUCAUAUUCAAAGUCCUCAUGUGUCCAAGGACAUAUUUCCUGAGUUUAUAAACACAAUAUACAUUUAAAAAAAAUGAAAGAAGAUUUUGUGAUGUUAGAAAAUAUCAAUGUAAUCAUAGUGGUAUCGACUAGAUAGGCUAUUGUACUUGGAUUGUACUUACAGUGGAUAUUAGGUAUAGAUCCACCAAUGGUGUUUAUAUUGUAGUGUCCCAGAAGAUUUGGUGCUGCAGGGAAUUUGUUCUGUAGUGUUUUUGUUGUGCUGCAGUGCAAGUAUUCUCCCAAAAUAUUGGGGGAAUAAUGUUGUUUAGUGUGGUUUCACUAGAUGUCACAUAUCUAUGACAGUGUUGGUUUUGUUCAUACGGCCACCAUUAGUGUGACAUGUAUGGCUGUUGACUACGUAUGCCCUUCAUUCACAUGUGUAGUGUGUUUAAAGACAAAAUGAUCAUCUUAAUGGUUAAAGAUUGGACAUUAGUGAAAACUUGGAUAGACUUUGGUAAUCCAAUGUCACGAGUGCGGGAAGCGUGUAUAACUGUCACUCGACCUACAGGGAUGAUACUUGAAAUAUAUGAGCUUAACUAGUCGCCAUGAAGACAAGGAUUAGUGAUUUAGAAGUAGUUUCAACACUGCUGACUGCGGAUAGAUAUUAGCCGCUAGCUAGCUAACCAUGUCUUAAAGCACUUCUUCCUGAGGGCGUUUCAGUGUUAAAGCUUCACCUUUAUCUUUAGAUAUCAAGCCUAACUUUGUCCGUUCUCCCUUUUCAGUCUACACACUGUGUCUGUUUGUAAGUACUCCGUGAUUGUGCACUGCUGAACAUGCUCGUCUGCAGGAAUGACGGCGACGACAGUUGGGGCACCGGUACAUUUUAGAGGCGGUAUUCUACCGAAUAUGAUUCAUUAGUAUCGUGGUAAUAUACUGAUACCGGUAUACCGUACAACCCUAGGUGACAGACACAAAUAUAUUGUCAUUCCAUAUGUAUCAGAAUUUUAACCAACACAUCGCAGUAGACUUCAAAACAGCCAACACCCUGAGACAGACAUUAGUGCAUCCUAAAGACCGGACACCCCACACCCACGAAAACAAUCUGGUGUAUGAUAUCCAGUGUAAAGAUGAAUGGACUGAUUCAUACAGUAUAUUGGGGAAACAAAACAACCACUAAGCCGACGCAUGGCACAGCAUGGACGAGUAAACUUUUCAGACCAAGACUCGGAUGUCUACUUGCACCUCAGGUAGAAACAGCGCUCCUUUGAGAAAAAAAAUGUCCAGAAUCUAGACACUUAGGAUGGAUGGUUCCAAAAGAGGAGUGAGGGAAGCCAUCUAUAUUUUAAUUUUUAUUACUAUGAUUUUUAUUUAGCAAAUUUUUUACUUUUUAUUCGACCCCUUUUACCGUAUUGCUUUUUUCACUAUUUUGUUCAGCUCAUUCAUUGUUUAUGUUCUUUGUUUGUUUUCUGUUUCUGUUGGUCUAUGUUUUUUUUUUUUUUUACCUGUAAAGCACUUUGGUUCAAUUUAAAAGUUGUAAACAUGCUAUAUAAAUAAAAUUGACUUUACUUGA